AUCAUAUCGCUCGCUCUUUUCAAAUGAAUUGUUAUCUGGGGCUUAAUGUUGACCAAUUUCUGAAGUGAAUAUUCUUUAAUCUUUGGUUUGAAUCCUCUUCACAUUUUAAUUGCUGAUUAUUUAUUGUCAAAUGUCAACAGCCGAUUGUCAAAAAGAUCAAUGGUAGCUACAUCUUUUUGUGCAAUGGAAGCAGAUGAAGACGUGCCCACAUUGUCAGCAGAGACAUUUGCUGCUUUACAGGAAUUCUAUGCUGAACAAAGUAAAAGACAAGAAAUCCUUGUAAAGCUAGAAGUGGAUAAAAAAUUAACUGAGAAUAUUUUGUUUGAUGAAAAUUGGCAACUGAGUCAGUUUUGGUAUGAUGAGAAAACGGUACACUCUCUGGUCAAAGUAAUUGAUAAAGUAUUAGAUGACAGAGGUAAAGUGGCACUGAUUUCGUGUCCCACACUCUUUGUGCCCUUGAAAAGACAGAUCGGAGACAGAGGGACUGUCACCCUACUAGAAUACGACAGACGAUUUGAAGUUCACGGUCCUGACUACAUAUUCUACGAUUAUAACAAUCCUAAGGAAGUACCACCUGACGUACAUCACUCAUACGACUUAGUAGUGGCCGACCCACCAUUCCUUUCUGAAGAAUGCAUAACGAAAACAUUGGAGACAAUCAAAUUGCUUUCGAAAGAUAAAAUAAUUUUAUGCACCGGUACCAUAAUGAAGGAUAUAGUAAAGGAAUUGCUAGAUUUAAAAUUAUGUGAAUUCCAACCUAAACACCGAAAUAAUUUAGCUAAUGAGUUCUCGUGUUAUGCUAACUUUGAUUUGGACAGUGUCCUGAGUUGAUGUUUUGUAGAAGUUGUAUGAGUACAUUUUUAUUAUUAUUUUCA